AUUCUUCAACGACACAAGCCAGAAAAUCAUCGAAUAUCACAAAUAAGUAGUUCGGUGUCACAACUGAAUAAUGCAAAAAGUAUCAGCGACAAAUAGACAGUUUAGUGUUUUGGUCACGAUUCGGAUGUGAAAUAUGGUCGAUUUUUUUUCUCUCAUUCUCCGCCAUUCUUUUGUUCUUCGAUUUCAAUAUUUUGAUCGACUCAUUAUACAUAAACAUUUGGUACCGCACUGAUUUGCAUACAAUCGAACGAAUGUCACAAGUACACAAUUGAGUCCGACAGCUACAGCUAUGGCGACGAUGACGAUGACGACGACGUCGAGCACGGUUUGCAUGAUGAAAUGCGACAGAUUGACCGAAUGCAUAGAACGAAGCAGGCAACAACAAGUGAAUCCCGUUAUUGUGUGUUUGAGACACGGCAUCACAUUGUUACAAAUCAUUAGUCAGAGCUCUGUGCCUCAUGCAUCAACGAUAAAACGGAGCGACGAAGAGAAAAAAAAAGAGUCAUGAGUGAAUAAUGAAUUUCGUUUGCGUUAUUAUUUUGUGUUGAAUAUUUUUAAUUGUUCAGUCUUGUUUUUAUUAAUUGUUGUUUAUUUUUUUUCAUCGGGAACAGAUAUAUAUAUAUUGACAUUUUAACAUUUUCGACAUAAAUUUAUCGUUUGAUUGAAAAUCGGACGACAUUUUUUUUUUUCUCGCCGUUUAAGUAAUCAGUUGAAACAAAAAAUAUAUAAAAAUUCGCACAAUGGCACCCGAUGUUGAACGUUCCGGCAAAAAUUCAUCAAAAUCCAAGCUGCUGACAAUGGAUGUUAUAGAACUGACGUUGCUUUUAAAGUCGAUUGGCUUUCGUUUGGAAUCAAUUGAUUACGAUGAAUUGCGUUGUUGGAGCGGCAAAAAAUUCGGUGAAAAUGGAAAUGCUGCAUCGACAGCUACGCCAGCUUCGACAUCGGCCACCAAUUCCAUUCGUACAGAUGCUGCUGACCAUCACUACAUUAAUGUGGAGAUUUCAUGUAGUAAAUCGAAAAUUGUCUCGAAUUUAUCGCUGAAAUUCAAUGAUGAUGAACCAGCUGUGGUGACCGAUGCAGCACAACAUCCAAUGACAGAUCCAUCGAAAAUGAUUGUAUGCUCGUGCCCGAAACGCGAAAUGCGCAACAUCAACAAUUCGUUUUGGGAGGUUCAAAGCAGCGGCACAUUUUCCAAUCAAAGACGUUCCAUAAAUUCGUUGAUGAAUCCAGAAUCAGGAAUUGAUCAUGACACAUCGUCAAAUUUGUUGCCCGUUCUGUCCACCAAAUCGAUUGCGCUAACUCACGUUUUGACACAAGUGCUCUUGAAUCAGUACAAGAACAAUAUGCAAUUCGGUGAGCUGAGCAUGGCAAAGGAUGUCGACAUAAAGAGCAUCAUGCGAACUAUCGAGAGCACUAAUAUCGCAUCGAUCUUGGCUAAUGGAAAGGUCGAUAACGGCGGCGAUGGUCAAAUUCAUGAUUUGAAUUUAAUUACGCCGAUGAGUUCGAUGAAUGUGACACCAACUGAACCAGAGGCCCUAAUGAAUAGUACGAUUCCAAAAGUCAAUGACCAAACGACUGCCCUGAAUGAUACGGUAAACACGGAGGCCUUUACAAGCCCAAAGAGUGAUAUGUUCACAUCGAGUCCGCACGGCAGUGAAACGACCGCAAUAACCAAUGGACGUGACAGCAAGAUAAUCAAUUGCUUGAAUAAAGCACGUCAAUCCAUCGACCACGCCAUCUUGUCAAUCAAAUUAAAUGCCACCAGAAGUUUAGCACAAGAUGUAGCAUCAGGAGGCGUAACAACUCGCCCAUUGUCGGUGACCAUGCAAGAAUUACCGGACAAUAGCACUGACAAACGUCGUUCCGUUGGCCCACAACUGCCUCGGAUGUUAAAUGGUCGUAAUGCAUCGCAAGCCACUGUUAAUGCGCGCCCACCACGAUCGACGAUGAAUCGACGUGCAAGCCUUGGUAGCAUCGGUAUUGGUCGAAUGGCAACGAAAAGUGGCGUUGCUUCACCUGCCGUUACAUCUCGAAUGAACACAUCGCGGCCGAGUAGUUCUGAACGUCCAGCAUCCGCUACAUCGAAAUUGGCCGCGGUUCGUAAGGCCGUGUCUGGUAUUGGAAAGGCAGUGUCCAGCACAAACACUGCCAUUGGAAAUCGUGCAACUGGUAGCACCGCAGCAAAGACACCAACAACUCAAGCUGCUUCAUCGAUUAAACGACCAACAUCUAUUUCACGUCGUGUAUCGAGUCCAGCCAUGAUUUCGACUGGUACACCGACUACGGCUGGUCUGGCAACUCGCAAAACCGUUGCCACAUCCAAAAUAAAUUCAUUGUUACCAUCGAAACUCGCCAAAAAGUAAAAUCACCUGGCAUUUUCAACUAUCUUGUUCAUUUUUAUGCUUAUCAGUUGUAUUUUUUUUCCAAUUAUUCAUUCCAAUUUUUUUUCUUCAAUUCAUGACUGUUAAUUGUGUCUAAAAUUUGUAUUUUAUCGUAAGGUUGUGACCAAAAUCUACAUGACCAAAUUUAUUCUCAUAUUUGUAAACGGCUCACUUCGAGAUAGGAGGAGACAGAGAGACAAUUUGUUAUUGCAUAUUUUUGUUUAUUAAAAUUUUGUUAAUUUAAGACCCUUAUCACAUGAUUAUUAAGAGAAACAACAAAAAAUAAAACUCAAAUACCAAACAA